CUCUAUCCAUCUCUCCCUGGCCUCUAUCCAUCUCUCCAUCUCUCCCUGGCCUCUAUCCAUCUCUCCCUGGCCUCUAUCCAUCUCUCCCUGGCCUCUAUCCACCUCUCCCUGGCCUCUAUCCAUCUCUCCCUGGCCUCUAUCCAUCUCUCCCUGGCCUCUAUCCAUCUCUCCCUGGCCUCUAUCCAUCUCUCCCUGGCCUCUAUCCAUCUCUCCCUGGCCUCUAUCCAUCUCUCCCUGGUCUCUAUCCAUCUCUCCCUGGCCUCUCUCCAUCUCUCCCUGGCCUCUAUCCAUCUCUCCCUGGUCUCUCUCCAUCUCUCCCUGGCCUCUAUCCACCUCUCCCUGGCCUCUAUCCACCUCUCCCUGGCCUCUAUCCAUCUCUCCCUGGCCUCUACCCAUCUCUCCCUGGCCUCUAUCCACCUCUCCCCGUCUCUAUCCACCUCUCCCUGGCCUCUAUUCAUCUCUCCCUCUCUCCCCGGACUCUAUUCAUCCCUCUCCCCCUCUUUCUCUGGGAUCCAUCCAUCUCUCCCCUUCUCCCUGGCCAAACGAGGAGGAGAGGAGGAGGUAGGAGAGGAGGAGUGAGGCUACUAAUGAAGGACGAGUCCUGCACCAAUCCUGCACCAAUCCUGUACCAGUCCUGCACCAGUCCUGCACCAGUCCUGUACCAGUCCUGCACCAAUCAUGUACCAGUCCUGCACCAAUCCUGUACCAAUCCUGUACCAGUCCUGCACCAGUCCUGCACCAAUCCUGCACCAAUCAUGUACCAGUCCUGCACCAAUCCUGUACCAAUCCUGUACCAGUCCUGCACCAGUCCUGCACCAAUCCUGCACCAGUCCUGCACCAAUCCUGCACCAGUCCUGCACCAAUCAUGUACCAGUCCUGCACCAAUCCUGUACCAAUCCUGUACCAGUCCUGCACCAGUCCUGUACCAGUCCUGCACCAAUCCUGUACCAGUCCUUCACCAAUCCUGUACCAAUCCUGCACCAGUCCUGCACCAGUCCUGCACCAAUCCUGUACCAGUCCUGCACCAAUCAUGUACCAGUCCUGCACCAAUCCUGUACCAAUCCUGUACCAGUCCUGCACCAGUCCUGCACCAAUCCUGCACCAGUCCUGCACCAAUCAUGUACCAGUCCUGCACCAAUCCUGCACCAAUCCUGUACCAGUCCUGCACCAGUCCUGCACCAAUCCUGUACCAGUCCUGCACCAAUCCUGUACCAAUCCUGUACCAGUCCUGCACCAAUCCUGUACCAAUCCUGCACCAGUCCUGCACCAGUCCUGCACCAAUCCUGUACCAAUCCUGUACCAGUCCUGCACCAAUCCUGUACCAAUCCUGUACCAGUCCUGCACCAAUCAUGGAUGGAAUGGAUCCUCUGUGCCAUAAUAACUGAGAGAGAGAGACACGGGUCUGUUGGGUCGAUAGAACCACUAAAGACAACAUUAGAGAGAGAGAGAGACGGGUCUGUUGGGUCGAUAGAACCACUAAAGACAACAUUAGAGAGAGAGAGAGAGAGAGAGACGGGUCUGUUGGGUCGAUAGAACCACUAAAGACAACAUUAGAGAGAGAGAGAGAGAGAGAGACGGGUCUGUUGGGUCGAUAGAACCACUAAAGACAACAUUAGAGAGAGAGAGAGAGAGAGAGACGGGUCUGUUGGGUCGAUAGAACCACUAAAGACAACAUUAAAGAGAGAGAGAGAGACGGGUCUGUUGGGUCGAUAGAACCACUAAAGACAACAUUAGAGAGAGAGAGAGAGAGAGAGAGACGGGUCUGUUGGGUCGAUAGAACCACUAAAGACAACAUUAGAGAGAGAGAGAGAGAGAGACGGGUCUGUUGGGUCGAUAGAACCACUAAAGACAACAUUAGAGAGAGAGAGAGAGAGACGGGUCUGUUGGGUCGAUAGAACCACUAAAGACAACAUUAGAGAGAGAGAGAGAGAGAGAGAGAGAGACGGGUCUGUUGGGUCGAUAGAACCACUAAAGACAACAUUAGAGAGAGAGAUGUCAAAAAAAAAAUGUACAACUCCAUCACCACCUCAACAUCAACGUGCGAGAAAAUGGCGCGUUUCUAUUUUUUGUUGUUGUUGUUGUUGUUGUAGUAAACAAUAUAAUCACGAGUGUUGCCAAUGACAUGCAAUGGCUCCUCCCAUAAUUGUUUAAAAUCACAUGAUGCACACUGAUGAUGUCAUUGGUAACACUUGUCUUUCUCUUCUUAUUUUUUUACUACAAAAGAUAGAAAUGCUUCAUUUACACACAUGUUGAUGUUGAUGAUGAAUAUAAAAUAUAAAUAUUUGCAAACAUUUAAUACAUUUUUAUUUAUUUUAUUUUUUAUUUAACUGACUUGCCUAGUUAAAUAAAGGUUAAGAACAAAUUCUUAUUUACAAUGACGUCCUAGGAACGGUGGGUUAACUGCCUUGUUCAGGGGCAGAACGACAGAUUUCUACCUUGUCAGCUCGGAGGAUUCGAUCUUGCAACUUUCCGCUUACUAGUCCAACGCUCUAAACCACUAGGCUUACCCUGCCGAUUAGUCUAUCUAUCUAUUAUAUAUUUACAUAAUACUCUGGUAGAUAUUGGUGAUUGGUCUAUUAUAUAUUUACAUAAUACUCUGGUAGAUAUUGGUGAUUGGUCUAUCUAUUAUAUAUUUACAUAAUACUCUGGUAGAUAUUGGUGAUUGGUCUAUUAUAUAUUUACAUAAUACUCUGGUAGAUAUUGGUGAUUGGUCUAUCUAUUAUAUAUUUACAUAAUACUCUGGUAGAUAUUGGUGAUUGGUCUAUCUAUAUAUUUACAUAAUACUCUGGUAGAUAUUGGUGAUUGGUCUAUCUAUUAUAUAUUUACAUAAUACUCUGGUAGAUAUUGGUGAUUGGUCUAUCUAUUAUAUAUUUACAUAAUACUCUGGUAGAUAUUGGUGAUUGGUCUAUCUAUUAUAUAUUUACAUAAUACUCUGGUAGAUAUUGGUGAUUGGUCUAUCUAUUAUAUAUUUACAUAAUACUCUGGUAGAUAUUGGUGAUUGGUCUAUCUAUUAUAUAUUUACAUAAUACUCUGGUAGAUAUUGGUGAUUGGUCUAUCUAUUAUAUAUUUACAUAAUACUCUGGUAGAUAUUGGGAGAAGAAGACUAAUCCUUGCAAAUAGAACAUGUUUAAAUGUACCUACCUGAUGCCAUUUAUUCAGUAAUAUAAUAAUAUAGUAGAUGAUGGUAAACUGAAGAAACAGCACGAACAUGUUAUUAACUUCACUGAGCACUGCUGUGCCUGUUAAUACAAACCUGCUGAAUGAUCUACAGAACACAUUCAGAACCCAAAGAGAUAAGCAUUACGAAAUGCUUACGAAUGUUUUAUGGAUGGGUUAUGAAGUCCUUAUGUAGGUAGGUACCCUUCAAGUAAAAUGUUGCCUGCCUUUUUCCAUAUUCAUAAUUACAUCUCUUAUUGACAGAGGGGUCAGAAGGACUGGGGUGUGUUCAUUUGGGCACCAAACGGAAUAAAACCAAUUGAAUACGGGGUGGCACUAACUUAACUUGUUCAAAAUGAGAAAUGCACAUUUUUUUUCUCUUUCCGUUGCAAAACUUUUUUUUUUUUUUUUUUUUUAAACAACGUUGUUGUUGUUGUUUUUCUCCAUUCUGUGCCCUAAUAAACAAGAGCUUGUUAUAAAGUGGGCGCAAGUCAACAUUAUAAAUCAGUCAUUACAGAAUACAUAGUCUAUGACCAUUGGAACAAUGGAAACAUGCUACUUUUACCUGUCGUUGUCAAUUUGUGAUGGGCGAAAGCGAAGGACAUUAAGACGGCACAGCAGGAUGUGCAUGUACAUUAUUGUAAAAUGUAUUUUCAACUCUUAUGUUGUUUUUUGUUGCCAUUUAUGUUUUUUUUUGACGUAAGUAAUGAUCUGAAUUAACUGAAGGAAGGGUGACAGCGCUCUGUUCUACAGCGGUGGAACUUGUUGCUCUGAGCAAAUCCUGUCGCCGGGGAAACGUGAUUUUUUUAAAAUGUUAACGUUUAUUAACGAAUCUGUUACGAUUUAAAUGGAUAUGACUCGUAACUGUGGUUUAAUCUUCGCCAUAAGGUUAUUUUCAUAUUGUUAAAGGCUUUCGUAGCUUCCCAUGCCAGUUGAAAAAUAAAGGUGUAGAACUGAA